CACGUUGCGUAAUUUUCCAGUCAGGAUGAGACAGAUGGCGCAUACAACAACUUACUGAGAACAAGUUACUGGCGAAACAAAACAGAAUUACGUUGACAUAACAGAGCGAUGCGGCCAAGUGUAGGGUAUGAAGAAAUGGAAGCUGGACGCUGCUCUUCUGAUGAGGGAAACCUCUGAAUGUUGACAACGCCAUGGAUGAUCACUGUCAGCAUGUGACUGAAGGUUUAUUCAGCGGUCAGCGGACACUCUGCACCUGUUUGCAUCGGGGAACGGCUGAAGAAGCUUCGCUGGACGUGGCCGAGCAGUUUCAGCACCAGCAUCAACACAGCUGACGUAUUCACGGGGCAGAGCACAGCGACGGGCUCACGCGAUGUCCUCGGCGGUUUUAGAGAAGUUGCUGAGAGGUCGGCUCUUUCAUGCCAGACAGUACCUCAUGAGGCACAAGUCGACCAUCACAAUGGCACCCACUGAAAACUGUGAUAUCCUUAUGACAUUCCCAGACACCACAGAUGACCAUACACUGUUAUGGUUACUAAACCAAAUCCGGUUGGGAAUUCCACAAAUCAGAAUCCAGAUCCGGCAGCAUAAAUACACACACACCUAUGCAUUCUUCAUUACCUCAUCCUUUGAAAACUUGUUGCGUGGAGCCGAACAGAUGGGGAUGCAAAAGGCGGUGAAGCAGCGCUAUGGAGGCGGCACUCGCAGGUUUUCAUGUGAGGAGGAUGACAUCUACGAAAACAUCGAGAGCGAGCUGUGUUUCUUCACAUCACAGGAGCGUCAGGGUAUUAUCAAAUAUUGGUUGGAUAACCUCCGAGCCAAACAGGGCGAGGCUCUUCAUAAUAUCCACUUCCUGGAGGGUCAACCAAUCAUACCAGAGCUUAUUGCCAGGCGUGUGAUUCUUCAAACAUUCCCCCUUCACGAGCAGAGAAUCUUGAACCAGUUGAUGACGUCCUGGGUUCAGGCUGUCUGCGAGCGGCAACCUCUAGAUGAUGUUUGUGAUUAUUUUGGAGUGAAGAUCGCCAUGUACUUUGCAUGGUUGGGUUUUUACACCAACUCUAUGCUGUAUCCAGCAGUGAUUGGCUUUCUGCUCUGGAUGUUUGCUGAGUCUGAUCAGACAAGUCAGGAUAUCUGCUGUGUGGUAUUUGCCAUUUUCAAUGUGGUCUGGGCAACACUGUUCCUGGAGAGGUGGAAGCGGCAGGAAGCAGAGCUGGCGUAUAAGUGGGGAACGCUGGACACACCAGCAGAAUCUCUAGAGGAACCGCGGCCACAGUUUCGGGGAAUAAAGCGUCACAGUCCAGUAACAGGCUGUGAGGAGUUUUACUAUCCGCCCUGGAAGAGGAGAAUGUUCCGCUGGUUUGUCAGCUUUCCCAUCUGCAUCCUCUGUCUCUGCUUUGUCUGCUUGGCCAUGUUCAUCUGCCUGGAACUACAGGAAUUUGUGAUGGAAACAAAAGAGUUUCCAAGCAUAUGUAGAUUCAUUCCAAAAAUCCUUCUGGCUGUAACUGUUACUGUAUGUGAUGAAGUGUACAAGAAGAUAGCUCUCUGGCUCAAUGACAUGGAAAACUACAGACUUCAAAGCACGUAUGACAACAAUCUCAUCCUCAAGACUGUUUUUUUUCAGUUCAUAAAUUCUUACCUCAGCCUUUUCUACAUUGGAUUUUAUCUCAAAGACAUGGAACGGUUAAAAGAGAUGCUAGCAACGUUAUUGAUCUUCCGCCAAUUUCUACAAAAUAUAAAAGAAGUGUUACAGCCAUAUCUCUACGAGCACCAUAAAUUAGGUGCUCUGAGGACGUUAUGGGACUUGAUUCAAACCAUGUUCCUGAACUAUAGUCAUUUGAUAGUGCAAAGGAUACGCCUGACUUGCCAGGCCAGUCUGGACAUGAAUAAAAAUGGCACACCUCCAGAGCAAUCAGAGAAGAGAGAGAGGAGGAGUUUAAUUGCCAGCUACAGAGUCCCCAAAACAGAGGAAGUGGAUGAUGAUGCUGGUUUGAAGCACAGAAAGGUCAGCUUCACAGAGAAGGUGGAAUACAAAGACAAAGCUGUGGAAGAGCCAACACAAGGCAGCCCCCAGGACGAUGACAGUCCUACCCUUGUGGAAGAAGGAAUGGAUCCAUCCUUGAUAUUUGAUAUACGCGAUGAUGAAGAUGAUGAUGAUGAUGAUGAUGAUGAUGAUGACAGAGGAAUAGACGAUUCUGCUAGUAAAUCCCAAAGAAGAAAGGGUAAGGCUGCUGCUGGGGAGAACAGCAGUAUGGAGAAGAAAAUGUCCUGGAUGGAUCCUCCAGAGGAGACAGGAUCUACUGUUUUGACUCAACCGGAGAUUGAAAGCUGCAUGCUAAUUUACGAGGAUACUCUUCAAGAUUACCAGGAGAUGUUCAUACAGUUUGGCUACGUUGUGCUCUUCUCCUCUGCAUUUCCUCUGGCAGCUAUGUGUGCCCUCAUUAACAAUAUUGUAGAGAUCCGAAGUGAUGCCUUAAAACUGUGCUCAGGCCUCCAGAGACCCUUUGGGCAAAGGGUUGAAAACAUUGGACAGUGGCAGACUGCAAUGGAGGCGAUGGGUCUGAUUGCAAUAAUUGUGAACUGUUACCUUAUUGGUCAGUGCGGUCAGCUGCAGCGACUCUUCCCCUGGUUGAGCCCUGAAAUGGCCAUUGUUUCUGUUGUAGUACUAGAGCACUUUGCAAUUCUGCUCAAAUAUGUAAUUCAUGUUGCAAUUCCUGAUGUUCCAAACUGGGUGGCAGAUGAAAUGGCCAAACUCGAAUACCAACGGAGAGAAGCUCUCAAGAAACAUGAACGUCUCGCUCAGCAGCACCAGCAGCAGAAACGGCGAAAAACCGAACAAGACGAAGAACAUCAAAAAUUAGCAGAGGAAUUGGCCCGACAACAAAGUGACCAAGACAAAUCUGAUGUUGGUGGCAGUGAAGAGCAACACCACGAAAAAAGCCCAGGGGCCAAGUUCAGCUCCGCAGGAGAUAAACUGAAAAGACCCAGCUCCCUUUUAGGCAACAAUAACGUAAUGAAACUCAAGCAGAUAAUCCCACUUCAAGGCAAAUUCACUUCCACCACUUCCCCUACAAGUGGCGAGGCCAAACUCCCAGGCUUCCUCAAGUUCCUCAAAUCACAAGAGGUAAAAAAGGAAGCCGCUGCAGCAGUUGCGUCAACAGCGACGCACGGGAGCCACGAGAAAUCACAGUCUCCCAGCAAGUCCUUCAAUCCAGGAAAACUCUUCAACUUUGGAAAAGAAAACCAAUGCACGGGUGCUGCUUCUGAACAGCAAACCAAACCAGAAGAAGCCUCAAAGGCCACUAAUGCACCGCACACCAACAAUGACCACAAUACUUCAUCAGAAGAGCUUCCAUCUGAGACUGACAAGGGCGAGAGAUCUGACUAUGGUAAUAAUCCCUCAAAAAAACAGUGAAUGAUGCAACUGUUAAUAUAUAGCACUGAUUGUGAUGCUUAACAUUUGCUUAAAAUGUGAUAAAGCGACCAUGUAGUGAGCUGAACUGCACGUCAAAGAUCAUUUGAAUACAAUAUAUUAAUCUGAGAUCUCCAUAUAGUUUACUCACGGAAGGCGGCAUGAUAAAUCACCUGCAUGAUAAAACCAGUGUAGGCAUGAGCAAGCAAGAAGGGACGUUUGAAUGAGCACUGUAUAACCAUAGAAAAAGAAUAUGUAUAGAUUUUCUAUUUUUCUACGCAUUAUUAUUUUUCUUAUAUGAAUUAGUACAUUUGACAAUCUAAAAACACUGUAUUGUCCUUGCUGGUUUGGAUCGUAUAAUGAGUGUUAACACAUAAUGCAAUAAAAUGGAAUUACUGUGAAAAUAAAUUUGAAACGUGUGUCAGACGCCACAUAUAUAAUGGAAGCUAAUUUUUAGCAGAGGAUAAAAAAAUAAAUGAUAUAUUAAUAUAAAGGUAAUUGCAACUCUCGAUCUCAAGUGUUUAUCAGAAUCGCCUAUAGAUAAUUUUCUUGCCGUUAAAAGUUGUUUUUCCCCUCACAAUUUCAAGAUAUAAAGUUCUAAGGAAAAUAUGAAUUGUGGAAUAAAGAGAAAACUGACAUUUUUAAACAAUUCAGAAUUUAUACGUCUCUGUUAUGAGUUUAUAGAAUAAAGGUCUGACUUUUUUCUAAGUAUUGUUUUUGAAAAUACAUGCAAGAAACUGAUUAAAUUAAGAUAUAAACUUCAAAUUGAAAAAAAAAUGUGUACAUAAAAGUUGAACAUUAAAAGCAAUUACAUUUAUUUGCAGCAGGGAAAAUAAGGAUUGAACACAUCAUGUUUUUUUACCUGGGAAUAAAAUCUCUAAUGGAGCUGUUGACAUGGAAUUGAACCAGACUUUGGUAAAAACCCAAACAAUACAAACGUAAAAAUAAAACAAAACAAUCUGAAAAAUUAGUUGUGUAAUUACAAUGAAAUGACACAAGGAGAAUGUACUGAAACAUAUUUAAUACUUUAUAUAAAAGACUUGUUUUGGUGAUGGCAGCUUAAAGACGCCUCUCAUAUAGAGAAUGAAGUCACAUGAAUUGUAAAGGUGUGAGUUUUUCAUAGACUUCAACAGAGUGUAAAAAUCUUGAUGGUUCUGUGGGUCUUGUCUAUCAAAUCUGAUCUUUAUUUUGUAUUUUAUAUUGGAUUCAAGUCAAGUGAUUGGCUGGGCCAUUCCACAGCUUGAUUUUCUUUUUUUGAAAGCAUUUGAGAGUUUCCUUGGCUGUAUUUUGGAUCAUUGUCUUGCUGAAAUGUUCACCGUUGUUUCAUCUUCAUCAUCCUGCUAAUGUAGAUGUUGGACUGAAGCAGCUAAUAUUAAUUUACAAUGACAAGGGCAGAGGGUUACUGAAUAACUACUGAGAGAUUUCAUUGGCUGUUUGGGCUUUCACUGCCGUUUAUACUUUCUAUUCUUCAUGUGUUCAAAACCUUUUCCCUGCGUCAUUUAAUUUUAUUACACAUAAUUUUUAAAAGUAAUUAGAUUUGUUUUCUUUGCAUAUAUGAAUUUCUUUGGUUGUUACCAACAUCCAGGAAAAAUUUCAAAGCAACGGCACCUUUAGAAAUAUGUUUUCUGAGAAAAAUGGUGACGUGUUGAGUACUUACUUUCCCCACUGUACAUGUAAUUUUUUUUUUUACUUCUGUGCUGGAAACAAGCUUCCAUAGUAUACACAAUGUUACAUCACAGCCCUGUUUUUAUUACUUUUGUACUGUUCUCAUAAUACUUUAUCUUAUAAUAAAGUUAAUGCACAUCUGUUUGCUUUUAAAAUAAACCACAUUGCUAAAAUAAAUUGACGCCAUACUUCA